AGGAAACCCGAAUUGACUGACUCUGCCUCUCUGCUAGAGACCUUCAAGUUUCUUGAAAAUGCAGCUGCAGACUUUAGUGAUGAAGAAGAUGAAGAAGAUAUUGAAGGAAGAGAGAAAACAAUCAUUGAUUCUGCAACAAUUGUUAGGAAAAGAGUGCUAUCUGACAGCAGUGAGGACAGAGAUACAGAAGAAGCUUUGAAAGAGUUUGACUUUUUGGUUACCUCAGAUGAAGGUGAUGGGGAAUCGAGAAGCUCAGGAGAUGGAACAGACUGGGAAAAGGAAGACCAGUGUCUCAUGCCUGAAGCUUGGAAUGUCGACCAGGGAGUAAUAACCAAACUCAAGGAACAAUACAAAAAGGAGCGCAAGGGGAAAAAGGGGGUGAAGAGAAAAACUACCGAAGAUAUGUUUCAGCCUCAAUCCUAUAUAAAACAGUCAAAACAGGGAUGUGGGAAAAUGAUGGAGCAAAGCACAGGGCCCAACAGAUCAAAGCUGCAAGAUAUGCUUGCAAACUUGAGAGAUGUCGAUGAUCUCCCUUCAUUACAGCCAUCUGUUGCACCUUCUUCUAGGCCCAGUAGUUCAAGGCUCAUUGAACAUGAGAUAAACAGGACAGAUGAAGUGGAAGCUUUAACAUUCCCUCCUUCUUCAGGGAAGUCUUUCAUUAUGGGAACAGAUGAAGCCCUUGAAAAUGAGCUGGGUCUUGGAGAACUGGCAGGCCUUACAGUAGCCAAUGAGGCAGAUUCACUGACUUAUGAUAUAGCAAACAAUAAGGAUGCAUUGAGAAAGACUUGGAACCCCAAAUUCACGUUAAGAAGUCAUUUUGAUGGAAUAAGAGGUCUCGCUUUUCAUCCAGUUGAACCAGUCUUAAUAACAGCUUCAGAGGACCAUACAUUAAAAAUGUGGAAUUUACAAAAAACAGCCCCAGCAAAAAAGAGUGCUUCUCUUGAUGUAGAGCCAAUAUAUACCUUCAGAGCACAUAAUGGACCAGUGCUCUGUGUGGUGAUGAGCAGUAGUGGUGAACAGUGUUACAGUGGGGGAGCAGAUGGCCUCAUCCAUGGCUGGAAUAUAACCAACCCCAACAUCGACCCCUAUGACUCUUACGAUCCUUCUGUUCUAAGAGGUGCUUUUGUAGGCCAUACAGAUGCAGUGUGGGGUCUGGUUUACAGCGGAGCACACCAGCGUUUGCUGUCCUGUUCAGCAGACGGCACUAUACGUCUCUGGAAAGCUACAGAAAUUGCUCCAGCUCUCAAUAUAUUUAAUGAUAAUCAAGAAAUGGGAAUCCCUUCAUCAGUAGAUCUUGUGAGCAGUGACCCAAGCCUCAUGGUAGCAUCAUUUAACAGUGGACAUACUAGCAUUUUUAACAUGGAGACACGGCAACGAAUUCUUACCCUGGAGUCCAGUAUGGAUACCACAGUAAGUUCCUCCUGUCAGAUAAACAGAGUCAUCAGCCAUCCAACUCUUCCAAUUAGUAUCACUGCUCAUGAAGACAGACACAUCAAAUUCUACGACAACAAUACAGGAAAACUGAUCCACUCCAUGGUAGCUCACUUAGAUGCAGUUACAAGCUUAGCUGUUGAUCCUAAUGGCUUGUAUUUGAUGUCUGGCAGUCAUGACUGUUCGAUUCGCUUGUGGAAUCUUGAAAGCAAGACCUGCAUCCAAGAAUUUACUGCUCAUCGCAAAAAAUUUGAUGAGUCCAUUCAUGAUGUGGCAUUCCACCCCUCCAAAUGUUAUAUUGCCAGUGCAGGAGCAGAUGCCCUGGCUAAAGUGUUUGUAUGACAGAGUGCUUCCCUAUCAACUCUAGCUUUGUAUAUAUUUAACCAGCUGCACAAAAGAGAAGAGGAGGGCCUAUCCUGCCCUAUAAUUCAGAGAAUGUUUGUGUUUAGUUUUGCAGGGUGCUGUUUUCUAAAUUGAUGUUUGUUUUGGUUUCUGUGAGCUCAGCUGGUGCUGAGAGCUUGGAAACUCUCAGUUUCAAAUAGUUAAAAAAACAAAAGAAAUGCUUUUAUUUCAGAGGAUGUGAAUUUUCGUCCAGGCAGGCCUUGGGUGAAACUAGGUCUAUGUAUUCUCUAUUCAUAAAAUGGAGUACUGGAAAGAGGGUCUAAUUGCAUCAGGGAGUAGGAAAAGAGGGAAACUUCCUAGGAUGCUUCUCAAUGAAGAAUCUUCAUGUACUUAAAAUUGAAUCACCCGGAAAAAGUGAAAGUUCAUGUGGUCAUUACUGUGCUGUGUGAGAAGCACUUUGUCAUCCCUUUGGUAUUAGUAAAGUAGAUCUUGUUCAGUGAGCAGUAGUGGAUAGUUAAUCUCAGUCACCUGGCUGCUAGCCUAAGAUAAAUGCAAUUAAAGGAAAGCAAAUUACUAACAUAAAUGAAAAUACAGUAAAGUUUUUGUUACAUCAUUCUGUGUUAUACAGUAAAUAUUUAGUUUGCAAAAAAAAUUAUAUAAUUUUUUAAACUGUAUUAGCAUGUGGCUAGAAGCUGAGCCUUUAGUCUAGUCCCAGUUAACAACAGACUGAAGCAGUCUGUAUAUACUGUAGUAGCAGAUUUAACUUAUUCAGAUUUAUAAUGCUGUUUAUUCUUAGAGAUCUGGCACGAGAAAUUAUCACAAAGAUUUCCAAAGAAGCUGUCCUACAAUUUAACUAUCAAACAUUCAUCUUCUCUUUCUGUUC